AGUGAAAAUGGGGUAUUUUGGUAUGGAGUCUUGAUUCAAAAGCCUCCUGUUAUUUAUUUGCCGCCUCCCCCUUUCUUGAGGUCUGCUCUGGACUCUGUGAAAGGCUGUUUUCCUGCCUGCUUUUCCUUAUUUCCCAGUUGGCUGUAUGGCCGCAUUUGUCGGUAGACCGUGGAGAACCUGGGGGAGCCGCGGCCACCCGCGGUGGGAUUUGCGGCUCCAGCCGGAGGAGGUGUCUCCGUGCGGAGGUGGAGACUACGCUUCCCACGAGGCCCUGCUGCGAGCCAGCCCCAGUGUGGCUGGAGCCCUGGCUUUAUCGAGAGCUGUGGGGACCAGCCGCCGGCCACCGAGGCAGCGAAGCAGGCCAUGGGGCUGCGGUGCGGGAGGAAGACCACCAAGUGCCAGCUGCUGGCCACCAGCCUCUGUGCCAUGCUGCUGGGGCUGUCGAUUGCCACGCUGAGCACAGUCACUCACGGGGGGCUCCAUUUUGCCCGUAUCAGCAACAUCGCUUUCGAGAGCAACUCGUACAGAGUCAUCCACAACGCAGCUUUCUACAUUGGGAUCUGUCUCAGCAUGACCCUGAUCCUGGCUGCCCUGCUGAGCUCCGUUGCCACAGUGCGGGAAUCGGAGUGUCUCACGGCGAUGGGAUUUUUCUGUUUUGCUCUUGCGUUCUGUGGAUUGAUACCAGCUGCCUUCUGGAGAUACACUCACAGGACAGAGGUGGAAGACAGCAUGAUGGAUGUGUAUGACUUCGUGUACGAGGAGGUGAGGAAGAAUGCCUCCAGCUUCAGGAGGCAGGAGCUGAUUGCCAUCCAUGAAACGUUCCUGUGCUGCGGGAAGCGCUCUCCCUUCGGAGAGACCGGAGACGUCGAGCGCAAGACGUGCCCGCCGGGCCACGCCGGGGCAGCGGAAGAGGAUUGCCUCCAAGAGAUCCAGGACUUCCUGAAGAAGCAUGUGAACUUUGUCUCUGCGCUGCUGACCGUCACCAUCUGUUUUGUGGUUUAUGGGAUGAUUUUAACUUCAUUCCUCUACUUCUCCAUCCACUUCAGCAACAAUCUAGACCGGAAAGGCAAAUACACCCUGCGAGAAAGGUAGAAAUCUGUCGACCUGACGUCCCUAGCAGGUAGAGCCAGCUCUUGGCCCAGGAAGCUGCCCGAAGUCGUCCGCAAAAUCGCCCGAGGAGGUGUUGCUUGGGGACAGGUGGUGAGACGUGUCACCAUUACUCAAGUUACGUGUUUCCCUUUCCGGCACUCCUAGCUGCUGUGCGUUGCAAGCGGAUCGCUCCGGAUGACACUUCACGGAGUAGCAGUACCACAUCUUCUUGGAAAAUGGACAAGGACGGAGGGAUGCACGUGCCUGGGCUCAGGGAUGCAGGCUGCCCCACUGGGCGUGUGGGAAGGACAGGCUGUAGCUCGGUGAUCAGGACACGAACGGCCUCCGAGUCAAGACAUGGAAGAAAAAAAGAAAGAAAAGCCUAGCAAGCCAAAAUCACAGCCUGAUCCAAUCUGCCUGAUUCAGACUUCUCUUGAGCUCUCAUCUGAGCAGUUGCCAGUUUCUUGUGACCCAAAAGAUGUAACGUUUCUAGGAAGACAGCUUUGGAUUGCAGCCCGGGACAAAUCCUUAGCUGUCAGCAGAUAUGCUUACACUGAGCGUGGCACUGCUAAUGGGAAAUGUGUUCUCCAACCUGGACGCUCUUCAUUAUUGACUUUGGGCAGGUUUCUAAUCAUAUUUAAGUAUCUAGGCAUCCAGCAGCCAUUGUUUUUUUUCCUAAUUUCUUCCCUAACUUCAAAUACUAGCUGACUUACAGAGUUCUUGGUAUAAACUAGAAAAAAAAAUUAAAGCAAUGCAUGAAUUAUAAAAAGUACAACCAGAAUAAGGACGUAUCACUUCUCCUUUUUAAUGCUAUACACCAUUUCUGAUUCUUAGGAUUCAGUCCAUCUCCUGGAGCUUGAUGUUGCAUCAAUUUUAUACUGGUUUGUUCAACUUAUUGCCUUAGUUCCCUAUCUAUCUCUCUUCAUUAACCUACCAUGCUGUGAAAUACAAAAGGACUUUGAUACUACAUAUGCACAGGAUUUGCGUUUAAAAUCUGUAAGAGAAUGGGACUGAUCUCCAGCCAGGUUAGCAAUACAGUGUCCAACUCCACAUCCUCAUUGUAUCUCUUUAUCAAUAAUAAGCUUAAAUAGAAAUUUGAAAAGUCUCAACUGAAGAACUCGGCUUCUCAGUCUAGCUAAUCCGACGGGUUCCUGUCGUGCUUUGCCCUUGUUGCAAAGAGGCAGAGCCACUUCUGAGCUGAAAACCGUAAUUGCAACAGCCAUAAGGUUUACAGCAGGUUUUCCAACAGGAACUAAAUCUAUGUGAAAUGGUUUUUGAAGUAACAGCAGCUUUCAGAAGCUUUCCUUCACUUUGUCAUUUACCCAUGGAAAACAGUAAAGGGCAAUGCUUUUUUGAAACAAAUGAGGAGACCCCAGUGCUGAUGUCCAGGGCAAUUUCUGGCCCUCAGCUGUAGACUGUUACACAUGUAAAAGCAGCAGUACAGCCUACAGUACCUUUCCUAACCUGGUUAGUAUUUGAACAAGGCUGCAAAUAUCUUGCAUGGGGAAGAACUGCACUAAGGGAGGAAGGGCUGUAGGUCCUAAUCCUGCGCCCUUGGAAUGAGCAGAGUUUCGCUGCUGACUUUGCUGGAAGCAGGAUCGAGUUCACUCUGCUCGGAAGCACUACUCAGGCUACCUCCUGGCAGUCACCAACGUGCCGCUGUCUAGCAGGGAUUUGGCAGCAAUAUGCUUACCCUAGCAGCUGCACUCGCAAGCAUAUACCCACUUUCCAGUAGCAGAAAGAUUCAGAGGGGUGUGUGUAUGUAUAGAGAGUUUUGAGGCUAUCGCUCUCUAGAGAUGGACAAUGUCCAUUGUGAGCUCUAGCUGCUAUUGUCAGGGCUAAUGCUAUUGUUCUGCAGGCCAGCUGGCAGCUCGUGUGACUCGUGGUUGUCUCAAUAAAAAUGAGUUUCUUGCGCA